ACAAUUGCGUCAGAACUCCGCUGAGGAGUAUAAUCUGGGACAGGAGUGAGGACAACCUUGUUGGGAGAGAAGAAGUUGGAAAAUGGCGGGUGGUGGAAAGGUGUCGUUCAAAGUGACACUCACCUCCGAUCCGAAGUUACCCUUCAAAGUAUUUAGCGUUCCAGAGGCUGCACCUUUUACGGCCGUUCUCAAAUUCGCCGCCGAAGAAUUCAAAGUCCCUCCGCAAACCAGCGCUAUUAUCACCAACGAUGGUGUUGGCAUAAAUCCCCAGCAGAGUGCAGGUAAUGUCUUCCUUAAGCAUGGUUCAGAAUUGCGCCUGAUUCCGCGUGAUAGGGUUGGUGCUUCUUAGAUGAUAUGGGGCGUCUGAGUGAAAUAUUCACUCAUUUUACUGUAUGUGGACUCUUGUAGGUCAUAGUAAUUAGUAAACAAUAAAUACCAUUGUUACUGAUUUCAUACAAUUGAAAUCAACGGUGUCCUUAACCGAUAAGUAUUUUUCAAUUAUAUAAAU